GAGGUGUCGGCGCGAGGAUGGGAGGGUGCGUGUAGCCGAGAGGAGCCCCGCGGCUGAGGCAGUAGCAGCAGUAGCAGCAGCAGCAGCCGCUCCCCCUGCGCGCUCCGCACAAGCUGCGCAUGAGCUGCCGCACAGCGCUGCGAACAUGAGCCAGGGCAUCUGGAAGCUGUACAAAAGCAAGUCCAUGAAAACGCUCGUACCUGACAGAGAGGACGACGCUCGGCUCUCGACGUGCAAGCCUAAAGACGGACGUCUCCUGGAGGACGUCUCCACGUCCGUGUCCCAGUUCGCCACGAAGGUGACGCGCACAGACUGCACCGCUCUCGCUCGCUCGCUCACCGUGGUCAUACCGCACGGCGCACACCCGGUUCAGGGGGCCAGGCUCAAGGGCUGGAAGGAUGUGACGUCUCUGUUCUCGGCAAAGCACAGUGACCACGAGAGGCUGACCGAGACUCACUCACCUUUACUUGAGCGGGCCACACGGGCUCAGCAAGACGCCGCAGACAACAACGUCGGAGGCAAAGAAUUUUGGAACAACUUUGGCCGCAAGCCGCGGGCGCGGGAAAGGAGCGGCAAUCAGUGCAGCCCAACGGAGGGAGACCCUCCCCAAUGGCCCCCGGAGGCCGACGAAGACGGAGGCAACGACUGGGAGCAGCAGACGACGCAGACGCAGAGGUCGUGGGGAAAGCGGCGUGAGGCCGAGGGAAAAUUCCUGCGCUCGAGCAGCUGGGACAUCCUGGACUCGGAUUUCGGCGAACGAGAGGGCGGCAAGAAAGGCGGCACGGGCCGAGACACGCACCCGCCGCGCAUCAAAGGCGGUGGCGGUGGCGGGAGCCGAGGGCAGCGGCAGGGCCUGGUGGACAGCAAAGAGGGCAAAGCGGCAGAGGCGGAGGACGAGGAGGGCUGGGGCGAGUGGGGAUGGAGGCCCAUAAAGUGACCCGCGGUGGCGUUGAUCGCGAGUGCCCGCGCGGGGACGCUUGGCGUUCCCCGCCGGUGCGCUCACCGCAGCGCGCCGGCGCUCGGCUGUGCUGCAGGACGGCAGAGGCCCCGUGGCGAUGGCAACUGUACACUCAAGAGUUUGCUGCAGAGAGAAAAGUGUUCUUGCAGGAAAACAGAAAAAAGAUUGGACAUGUUGUCUUUUGAUUUUUCAAUAGGUGAAUGGAAAGAUAGUUUUAAUUUUGGAGAAAAAAAACGACGUUUUGGAAAAUAUGCUUUAAUUCUUUUCUAAAAAGCUUUGAUAAUACAUUUUGGGAUUCUGUCUUACAGUUGUAUUAGAAUGCCGUUUACGUUUGUGAUUGGUAGCCUGAAUGGUUAAGUACAUUGCUGAAACAACACUGACAACUUUAAUUGGUUAAAUUUCAAAGAAAACGAUUGAACCCUUUCUGAAAACACCAAUGCGGGUCCUGCCCAUUCAUCCUGUCCCUGAUUUCCAUAGCCACAUUUCCUUUAUAUGCUUGAGGCGUUAUUGUCUGGAAUUUAUUUUGUCAGUUUUCAAUAAUUUUCUCCAGAAUUUUAAUGUGACCUUUACAUUUUUUUGUAUCCGAGGCAUUUUGUAACUUGCCUUCGACAAGAACACCAGUUCACUCUCUUUGUUAUUCCUAGUAUCCCUUUGGAUUUUCAGCUGGUUUUCUCAUUUUGCCCGUUUCGUAUUGCAUUCAUAUACAACAGACGAAAAUGCAACAACUUUUUAAACAGAAAUUGUAUCCAUAUAGUGCUCUAUUACACACUGAAAAUAUGUAAUCCCCAUACACAGUAUCCAUGCUAUUUUUUUCUCAGAGGUAAGUGAGCAGAGAGUGCGACAUUUCUACCAAUGGUGAACUCUUCUCACCGACAUAAACACGAGACUCAUUAUAUCUGACAUCGUUUUAAACAAAUCCCCUGCCAGCCAUACGUUCUGGAGAGACGGGAAACUGUAGCAUUCAAACUCGGGGCGUUUGACCUUUAGGACAGAUCCCCGAGUUUCUAUGAUGCAAAGGGCAGAUUAUCGAGAGGGAUGUAUGUACGUUGAACUUCUUUCGCACCGUACGUAGCUAACCGUGAUAAUCGGAAGGAUGACUGCACCCAAAACGAUUCUAAAGCAAGAACUAUUCAAAUGAAGGAUCGUCAAAUUUGGGAAUAGUCAACCCUGCCCUUGCUUAUAAGAUUGGUCUUUCAUUAUUCACUGGUGAACAGCUAAUUUUAUAUGUAGGCGCUCACAACCAAUAUCAUGAUUCGUAAUUAAUUUAUUUGGGUUAGAUUAAUGCUAAGUGAUAUCGGUGUUUCAGCAAACUGCGAUGUUGAAGAGCAAGCAAAAGUAAUAUUGGCAAUUGUAUAAAACCGCAUGCUAUUUAGCUUUGCUUUUCAUCAUCCCAGUUCGCAAAAGAAAGACAAAUACUGAAAGUUCGCCGAGGUGACAGCUUGAUUUGAUUGUCUCUGCCCAGCGGUGACAGGUUUUAGUUUAAAAACGAAAAUGUACGUGAUCUAAUCUUAACGAUUCACUGGUGAUUCGCUAAGGGAGACAUCCCUGAAGGUAUCCCUUCGGCACAUAUUGCAGACCUUCCCCGUAUUGUUUCACCUUCCCAAUUACCCUGUGGUUGCCAAGAGUAAGACAUGACGCACACUGCUUUGCCUUUUGCGGUGUACUCGAUGUGAUCGGUAGCAGAGGAGUCCUGAGCUCAUGUGAAGCUAUCAGCCUCACUGGCCCGCCACAUUAAUCCGCAGUUUGAAGGGUCGAAUUAAAAUCACUUUUGUCCCCUGCUAUAUUUUCACUCUCUAGGUGAAUGCAAUUAAUUUCAAUUAUAAUGGCAGCUUUUGAAAGGACGAUUAACAAACCCAAGCCUGGCACGGAUGAGUCAUCUCUAUGACACUACAUCUCAGCUGCCUAUCCUGCAAUACACUCUAAAGUCUGCGUGAAGGAUGUUGCUGUAACGCUCGUGACGGCCUGUUCAUUCGUGUCAAAUCCAUAAUGCUGGUGAUUUUUCUCAUGUUAUGUAAAACAAAGUGCCAAAUUAUAGGGUAUUAAUUUUCGUUCUCCAAAAAUCUAUUUUUAGAGGUUGCGAUGAAUUUGCGUGAUUGCUGUUUUCUGAAUGCUUUAAAAAUUUAUUAUUUUAAAACGUCGUGCCAAAAAGAACCCAGCUCAAAGCAUGUCUUUAAACUUCAUGCUAAAUCAGUGAUGUCCUAGUAAAAACAUAGCUUUAAUGCCACUGCUCAGUCCAAUCAGUAUUAUCCUACUAAUUUUCUGUUAAGUUAGACACUGGGCUAGUUUGGAAAUCUCAGCACUUUAGAAAGCACUGCAAAAAAAUAUGCUGUUGGGCGCAACUAUUGUGCAGCUGUGCUAUCUGACGGACUCUUCGUUACGAGAGAAAUGUGCAAGCGUUGUAUUUUGCUUCAUUGUAACUGCUGCUUAACUCUUCUCCAUUCUGUAUAUUGUAGCUCGAAGAAAGAUUCUAUGAAAAAAAAUUGCAUUUUCCAGAAGAUGUAUUUUUAAUGAUUGUGUAUUAAAUAAUUUCAGAAAUGACAUUUCAUAGACGUUGACAAAUGCGCCACGCAUUACUGAAGUUUCCCUCUUUCAUUUGGACUCUUUCAUGUUGCUUGCCAAUUAUUUGGGCUUAUUAUCUGAAUGAUAGAAUUGUUUAAAAUAUCAUUUGGUGUUUCUGACAAAUUUAUUGCAAUUACGCUCUCGGCAUCGCGACGGAUCCAUUAAAAAGAAUUAUUGUGUGGGAGAGAACAGCAGCGGAAGAGGCAGGUGUUUCACAAGACUCCCCCCCCCCCCUGCCAAAAAGCAUCUUUCAAAUAACCUUUUUGUCCUUUACACAGCAGGGGUCGUUCUUUCCCACACACUCUGCUGUGAGGUUGUUCGUCACGUGACAGACCGAACUGUUAUUAUUUCAUUGUAUAUUCUCACAGCUGGAAUUGAUACAAAUUUAGUGCCAAACCAAAUAUGAACGUGAUGGGGGUUGUGUUUGUGGAGUCGUUUGUGACUGAGCUGAAACCAUCGGCCUGCCACAUGUGAGAAACCCAGAUUAUUUUUGCAGGUGGCUGAAACUUGAAUUCGAACCCAGGAUUUGGAAUUCAAACAGUGGAUUCGAACCCAGGAUCUGGAUUCGAACCCGAGAUGUCGGUGGUGCUGGGUCGGCGUUUUGAUCUCUUGAGUCACCUGGUCACCUCUUGAAUGGUAGAAUUUAAUUCUGCAAAUAUUUCCAAUAAACUUUAGCGCCUUCUUGGUCAAUAUUUCGCAGCUUCACAGGUUAAUAACGUAUUUAUUUAUCAGUCGAGUAUCUUGGUAAAUUGAGCAGCAUUUUCAAUUAUUCAGGGAAAUUAAUUUAUAGAUACCCCAUAGAUUUCUAAUUACCCUCUUCUCAACAGGCGAUCGUUUAAAGUGAAAUCGAUGGCUCCAUAUGCUACGGAGGAACAGAGACUCAGCAUAUUGAGUUUGGCGGUAGACAGAAUGUUGUUUUGUCUGGUGGUGAUCUGCCAGAUUAUUGUGCACUUUCUCUGUUUACGUUUCAAGUGUUUUGAUGUGUUUAACCAGGAUAAGAACUCAAGAGACCAGAAUAGUCUCAUUUUGCGAGAGAGACCUGGGGCAUCUAUAGAGCGUGAUGACUGCUAUGUAUAAUACCAAUUGAAUAAUUUUUCAAAUACAUUCCAAAUUUGAACCCAAACGCCGACAACAAGUGGCCUAACGCUUGCGAAUGACGUUUAACAUCAGCUGUGAAGCAUAUGACGUGUGUUAUUAUUUCGGUUAUUACACACAACGCAGUAUUAACCAGGGCAACUGCUGGAUUCGAAUCGGAGACCUCUGGAACAAGCAACGAACACGCUACGGCUGGGCCAUGUCACGGCUCCAGAUCUAGAUUGAAAACUUAGUUCUUUAGAACUGAUUUUUGUGUUUAGUUUGUUGUCCUUCCCCCGCACCUCCGAUUAGCACGCUUGGCUAUGUACGGUGCGAAAGAAGUUCAGCAUGCAUACAAGAGAACAAUAUUGUUGCAAUGUUAUCUCUCUCUCCUUGGAGAUUGAGAUUAAGUGAAGCGAAGCAGAAUUAAGUCCUUGUCUUUUUUUUUCGACAAUUCAACAACUGGUCUGGGAUGAUCAGACUCAAUGAACGUGUGGUUGUGUUUCAUGCUGAGAGGUAAGACGGGUGCCGACUGUACGAGUCCUAUCCCCAAUCCAUCCGGAUCACCUUGCAUCUCAGGUUAUUGAGAUAGUCUCUGUGUGUGUCCCAUGGUACGUUUAAAUCGGAGCCAUUGAUUUUGAUGAUAUGCCAGCAGAUAUGGCCUUGUGGGCAACAUAAGACAGAGCAGCAACAUUCAUUGUUGCGUUGUACUGUACCUCUAUGCCACCACUUCUAUACUUCCUGCCUUAAAGCAACCUGCGGUGACCGGCCUGGCUAGUGGAGGCUUUUAUUCAGUAGUGGAUUAACUAAAGGGCUGUACAUCUACGCGUACACAUGGACACAUUACUAAACAUUUACAAAACAUUUUUGUAUAACGCGUUGGCUUUGACAGCGAUGUCAUUUGCGUGAUAUUCUUAACUUUCACAUACACCAGCCCACAUGUUCACACGAAUCCAACAUAUGCACCACGCAUGGCUGUUGGUAAAUUGCAGGCUUAAACCUAUUAACCACUCCCCGAAGUGUCGCGGAUUCAGGGUUGUGAUCUGACUCGACUGAUUCUUUGUCUCCCCCAACGCGGUGGUGGUUGCUCUUGCGCCUGCAGUGGCUGCAGGGAAUGACGUGAUCCCAUUAGAAUGGUCCUUACAUACGAGCUUAAGAAGUGAGAGAUACUGUAUUGAGUACAGAAUUUCCUCGCUUUAUGCUCAUUCGGUUUCUGUGAUUUGGUGUUUGUGCAGCUAACCUAUAUCCAGUGGCGUCACUAGGGUUAGUGUCACCCAGUGCGGUAACUCAAUGGUGUCACCCCCCCCUCCCCCCAUGGACCUCCUCCAGUACCAGACCAUACAGAAUCUGGUACUAAUGUUACUCGUUAAUCGUAAUUCCCGUAUAUCACUGAAUGUAAUGGCAAUAGUUGUCAUAUAAACAAUUAGCAAAAUUAAAAGUGCACCUUUAAAUUACAAUAUCAUACGCACAGCCUAAAUGUAUUUACAUUUACAUAGUUUCAUGUGGUUAAAGUGAAAAUUCGGUAAGAAAACAAUGUAAUUCAAAGUAAAAACGUUUAAGAACUACAUCAAAAUUGUGUUAAUUUUAACAUUAAACUUUACCGUUACAUGAGAUACAUUAAUAGAUUAGGUUUACAUAAUCAAUAACGGCCCAUAUAAUGUAGAAGUUGUAGGCAUAUGCACAUGUAAAUAUACUCAUAAAUGAAAUAGUACCAAAAAAUAAACAUGAACAAAUACACGAGCAUUUCAGCACUUAGUGAAUAUCUCGACUAAAUCAGAACUUUCCUUUCCUGGCCUUCAAUGCUGCAAACUUGUGAAUCACUUCAUCGAAAUCAAUGCCUCUCGCCAACUCACUUUCAAUUGACAAUAUCGCAAGAUCGGAAAGCCGUGAUGACUGUCCCAUGGUAGAUCGCAAAUAGCUAUUUCUAAGUUUCAGCUUUGAAAAGCUCCUCUCACAUGAAGCCACAGACACACAGAUCGACAGAAAUAAUUUUAGGCUGAGUGAAAGGGUUGGGAGAGAUUCUACGAAGUCCCAUUCAGGUAUGAAUGUCAAAACGUCUAAUGUUGCCCAAUCUUUGGCUUCUUCCAGAUCAAUUUCUGCUGCUUUCAGGUGCCUUCUCAGCCUGGGCAUUUCAUUUAAAAGCUCACUCUCGGAUACCUCAUCAUCAAAAGUGGUCAAUUUUGGAAUGGACACCUUUAACUCUUCUUCAGUGGCAGAUAUGAGGACUCUUCGCUUGAACAGCCUCAAACAUGGCUGCUGCUUGCUUGAUGGCUCUUGAUCUGAGCUGGAGUUCAGAA